GUGAGCGAAAAAAUAGGAAACCUUUUCUCAAUAACGGUGAUAUAAAAAUAAAAAUACGCAAUGGAUUUGGAUUUGGCACGCAACCUUCCACACGCUGGCUUCAACUUUGACAAUUGCAAGCGCAAUGCUACACUUCUGAGUGGGGGCUUCAAGCCGCCGACCACAACUAAAACGGGCACCACCAUUGUGGGCAUCAUUUACAAAGAUGGUGUUGUCCUGGGAGCCGACACGCGCGCCACCGAGGGCCCCAUUGUAUCUGACAAGAACUGCGCCAAGAUCCAUUAUCUGGCCAAGAAUAUAUACUGUUGUGGUGCCGGAACUGCAGCCGACACCGAAAGGACCACCGAUAUCAUUUCGUCCCAGUUGGAGCUACACCGCCUCAGCACCGAGCGCGAUGUGCGCGUAGUGGCCGCUAACACCAUGCUCAAGCAAAUGCUUUUCCGUUACCAGGGUCACAUUAGCGCUGCCCUGGUUCUGGGCGGCGUGGACAAAACUGGACCCCACAUCUAUUGCAUUCAUCCUCAUGGCAGCUCCGACAAGCUGCCCUAUGCCACCAUGGGGUCCGGCAGUCUAGCAGCCAUGUCUGUAUUCGAGAGCCGCUGGAAGCCCGACAUGUCCGAGAAGGAAGCCAAGCUUCUCGUACGCGAUGCAAUCGCUGCCGGUAUUUUCAACGAUUUGGGCUCGGGCUCGAACGUUGAUUUGUGCGUGAUACGCAAGGACAGCGUGGAAUAUCUGCGCAACUACGAGCUGGCCAAUAAGAAAGGUGAACGUCAGUUGGACUACCGCUUUGAUAUUGGCGCCACACGCGUUCUCCACUCUACCAUCUCAGAUAUGAACAUCACUGAACGUAUCGAGGUGGUGCCCAUGGAGACGUCCUAGGGGAGUUAUUAGUUAUCCUUACUUUCUCAUACAUUUUCUAUAACUGUGGAGUGGUACAAUAAAAAGAGGAGCAACGCUUCAA